GUAUGCCAGUUAUUAUAGUUGGCUCGCAGAAGAAUCUCCUGUGACCUUCAAGAGUUUUUGGUGUUUUUGUUUUUGCACUUGCUGUUGAUGGAGGUCUACUCUUGUUUGCAAUUUUGUGAGAAAUAGGAAAUUCUUGGCUGCUCCUCUAACCAGAUCUGGGAUCUGCCUGUGUUCUUGCUGUCAUCAUCAUAAUCUUUCUUUCCAUCUGUGGGAUUAUCAUGGCUAUGAAGCAGGACAGCCUGUGACUAUCCGCUGCUCUCUACAGGCCUCUCUUUAUGUUUUUACUUUGGCUUUGAUUUGGUGACAUUCCAGGAGCCAAAAUGUUGAACCAGAGUGCUGUGAUGAUCUUUACUGGGAUUUGUGGUUCAUUGGUGCUCAUGGCAAUGGCCUACUACGUGUACUGGUCUGUAGUAUUGGCUGAAGGACCGUGUAAACGCGGCUUGUAAAAGGAUCCCACCGUGGUUGGUCGUAGUGUAUAAAGAGGAGCCCACUCAGCUUUCCAGGCUCCUCAGCCAUGGCUCUGCUGGCCUACCUGAAGAGCCUGUUUAUCCUGCAGCUGUUGAUGGGCUUCGUGUUUGUGGUUAGCGGCCUCAUCAUAAACUUCAUCCAGCUCUGCACCUGCAUCCUCUGGCCGAUCAACAGACAGCUCUACCGCGUAAUCAACUGCCGGCUCUCCUACUCCCUCUGGAGUCAGCUGGUGAUGCUGCUGGAAUGGUGGUCGGGCACAGAAUGCACUCUAUACACUGACCAGGCUACGGUGGACAAGUUGGGCAAAGAGCAUGUCAUCGUUAUCCUAAACCACAACUAUGAAAUUGAUUUCCUCUGUGGCUGGACCAUGUGUGAAAGAUAUGGCAUCCUUGGGAGUUCAAAAGUGCUAGCUAAACAUGAGCUGCUGAAGGUUCCACUGAUUGGCUGGACCUGGUACUUCCUAGAGAUUGUCUUCUGCAAGAGAAAGUGGGAGGAAGACAGAAAUACUGUCUUCAAUGGACUGAAAAGACUCCAAGACUAUCCUGAAUUUAUGUGGUUUCUUCUGUAUUGUGAGGGCACCCGCUUCACAGAGAAGAAACACCAAAUCAGCAUGCAGGUUGCAGAGAGUAAAGGCUUGCCCAAGCUCAAGUAUCACCUACUACCCCGCACCAAAGGAUUUACCACAACCCUGCAGUGUCUUAAAGGGACAGUAUCUGCUGUGUAUGACGUGACUCUCAAUUUCAAAGACAACCAAGUUCCCACUCUCCUUGGCAUUGUUAAUGGCAAGAAAUACAAAGCAGACAUGAGUGUAAGACGGUUCUCUGUGAAGGAUAUACCAGAUGAUGAAGAGCAGUGUGCCAACUGGCUGCACAAGCUCUACCAGGAGAAGGAUGCUUUACAGGAACUCUACAGCAAGGAGGGCAAGUUCCCUGGACCCACAAUAAUCCCACCUCGCCGACCCUGGACACUGCUGAACUUCCUGUUUUGGGCCACGCUGCUGCUUUCGCCUCUCAUCAACUUUGCAUGUGGAGUGGCCGUCAGCGGUUCUCCCCUCCUCAUCAUUGGCUUCAUCAUUUUCCUCAUCGUGGCUUCCAUAGCUAUCCGACGCCUCAUAGGAGUCACAGAGGUGAAGAAAACAGGCUCCAGCUACGGCGACCCGGGACCCAAAAAACAAAACUAAAAGUGUGUGAUCCCUUACUCUCCCACACCCCUGUUCCUCCCAUGACACGGCCCUGUCAGUGUGGCCGUCCUGCGGCGUCUCACCCCUACCCAACUCCAUUCUCCUCCUACUGUUGAGUCAGUUGGUAGGCAGGGGAGGAGACGCAGCUGUGAAAAAUAAAUACAGACCAGAGUUUAGAAAAUACAAAUGGCACUACAGAGAGAGCAUGGAGGGUGUGGGGUGGGUUCAAGCUCUCUGAUGUAACACAGAACAAAAGGAUGUGGGGACGUGCAGUACUGAAUUCCACUGCAUCUUUCUUAAUCCAGCUCGUCCCCAUCUCAUCCACAUUCAAUCCCUGUUCACACCCAAGGUCAAGUUCACAUGGACAGCAGGUCCCGCCCAUUUUCUGCUGUUGCACGACCUACCUCCGAUUCCUGUAACAGCCAUCAGCUAAUCAGGGUGCGAGGGGUGCACUUAUUCUUUUUGGCCAAAGAACGCAAACCGAUCCACAGUUUUUGUAAUCAUGACCUCCACCUGCAGCAGUGUGUCACUGCAACAGCGAUCUGGAAAUAUGCCGGGUUGUUUUCCUCACUGACUUCACUGAGUCUGGUCUUUCAGUGAGAACCGGUGUCUAAAGAAUCAGCAUCAAGGCCUGGUAUUCUUAAAGGGUCAAUUCACCAAAAGCACUAAAUUAAAAUACUGUUUAUCUUCCAUGUAUCUCACUAUGGAGAAAGUAAAAUGGAGAAUUUAAAAUGAGUUUGUAGUGCACAGUUAUGUACAUAAAUACAACAACGUUACCACAGACUUGAAUAAUAACAAUUAUUGGCACUUUUAGCAGAACUUACUGUGUUUAAAAUGUAAAAGUGUAAACAGUCCACAUUAAAAUCAUUGGAUUGCAGAUGUAUUUGAAAUAUUGUGUCUGUGGAAAGGUGAUAUCUAUGCACUGUCACUGACAUUAAUUUCACCUCCAAAACAUCAAUUCCACCUACUCUCUAGGGCUGGAUAUCACUAGACUGCGGUGUGGGAAAUAUGUAUAUUUUUCCCUUUUAAUAUUGUGAUCUUGAUGAAUUGACUCCUCCCCCUUUCUCCAGUAGAAUUAACAUCAUGGUUUGGAGACGCUGCUGCUUGUUUAACUACAACAAGGGCUGUGUUUCUUUAUAAAAAACAAAAAGAAUACCCACCGUCCGCUUUAGGUUCCAUGUGUAGCUCCUCGCAGCAUCUACACAUUCAUUCUAAAGCCUUUCAUUUCUCCUUUUUAUUUGCUUUUACUUAGAUAGAAAUGUUAUUUUUGUAAACACAAGUGGACCAUCUCUGACCCGUGUGUGUUUUAAUCAGCGAUCCUCACUCAGUUCCGACGUAAAGCAACGAUUCUGCUGAGUUAAAAUGCAGGCGACACUACCGGGGUUAAUGUGACCGCUCUGCUGUUGAAGGCCAGUGGAUGAAAGGUCACCAACUGUCUCCAUGUAGCCUCACAGCUGUUUGCAUAUUUUUUUUGCUUUCCUACGAUGGACUGUUGUAGUGUUUUAACCUUUGCCUUCAAUCGACCUCAGGCUAAGGGGUCGCUUCACUUCCAGUCCUUUUUUCUUUUUCUUUUUUAACCUCCGUUAUGUUUCAACACCAUCUUUUCCUCCUAUAUCAGAAAGGUUCAGUUACGGGAGAUAAUUAUUAUUUUAAAGCCAACAUUAAUCUGCUAAACGUGUGUUGUUUUUGUAACUUUAGUUUUAUUCAUUUCCUGCUGGAUGUUUUGUCUCUGACAUUCACUGCUGCUGCUGCUGUACACGAGUAGAUCCAUCUCUGGUUACGUUUCCUAGUCCCAGAAAACAAACAAUGGUAGCGAGGCACUGGAUUACUUAGUGUCCUGCUCUCUCCUCCCCUCUGCCCUCUGUGCCACACAUGUAGUGUUAAUCACAUUUUUUGUUUUGUCGCUUCAUUCUUUUAUUUCAUGUUUUGUUUUGGAUCAUCACUCCUCAGCAGAAGGCACUUGUACGUUGUGUACUUUCUAUAGAGUUUUCUCAAAUCGAGACAGAUUUCAUGCAAAGCCUUAAUAGACAGUGCUGCUUCAUUUUCUUGUGUGAACAUGUAGACGCUAACUGAGCCCCCUGUUGUAGUGAAGGAUGUCCUCCAGUAUAGCAGAACGUGACUUGUUCUUACGUCUUAACCUAAAGAAAUAAUAAAGCAAACUGAGAAUGGAUAAAGUCAUGUUUGUACUUAAUGAAAAAAAACCAUUUGGAGUUGCAGUAUCUCAAAUACUUGUGAAAAGCUUUAGGAUCUCAGCUCUGUUUUUCAUUCAUUAAGAGAUUUAUUUUUCCUUAAAUUCUGGUCAUACAAACUGCGCCCGACUACACCCAAAUGUACUGGAAUCAAAAAAACCUAACACUGCAUCCACUUUUUUUUGAGGUUAUUAAAGGAUUUCAUCACAAAAACAA